GUAUGUAGACCCACUAUAUUCAUCAUACCUACUUCGUAUGUACAUAUAAGUCAAGUAACUUAUAAGUCAAGUAACUAUCAACGAUUACUGAUCGGUUCGAGUAUACUUUACUUUAUUACUUAUACACCUCGGGUCGCUUAGAUAUUAGAAAUCAGAACAACACUUAGGUAGUUAGUUAUACGUUAAAUGGAUUGAGUACCUAGCUGCCCGCAAUGGCAGACACCCAAGGAAACGUUGCGCUCGUCGUCGGUGCGUCGAGAGGCAUAGGAAGACAAAUCGCCGUGGACCUAGCGAAGAACGGAUAUUCCGUCGUCGUCGCAGCUAAAUCAACAAGUGACGCCCAGAGCGUCGUUCCCUUCCCGCCGGACCCCAACUCUCCUCAGUCUACUAUUAGUACCGUUGAGCGGGAGAUCCGCGAAGCCGGCGGCCAAGCAACAGCCAUACCGGUGGAUGUCCGGGACUUUGCCAGUGUGCAGAAGCUCGUGGACAGGACCAUCGAGACCUACAGCCGCCUCGACGUCCUGGUCUACAACUCGGGCGCAAUAUGGUGGGCCUCGGUCGACGACACGCCCAUGAAGCGGUUCCAGCUCAUGCAGCGCGUGAACCCGGAGGGUCUCUACGGCGCCAUCCAGGCCAGCCUGCCGCACCUCAAGCGGCGCCGCCGCGGACGCAUCGUCGUCGUUAGCCCGCCCAUCUACAGCCGCUUUUUCCGCGGAAAGACGGCGUACGCCGUGGGCAAGGUGGGCAUGAGCGUGCUGACCAAGGGGCUCGCCAUGGAUUUCGAGAGGCAGGGGUUGCGCGAGAUGGCGGUUACCAGUCUCUGGCCGGCUGCCGCCAUCGAAUCCGCCGCCACCGUCAAAGCAACACGCCCCAACCCCUCCGAAGCGCGGGACCUGCGCCGCGCAACCAUAUUCUCAGACGCCGUGCUCGCCGUCCUACGCGCGCCCGCCCCCAGCGUAAACGGCCGGCUCGAGCUCGACGAGGACUUCCUGCGCACCGAAGCAGGCGGACGCGUUGCCGACUUCUCCAAGUAUGCCGUCGUUCCUGGUUCGGAGCCGAGGCGCAUCAUGCCGGCUGUGCUGCCGGACUUGACGGUCGCGGAGCAGGACGACGAGGGCAAGAGGAUGGAUAGUGCUGCGGAGAGGAAGAGGGCAAAACUGUAAUGUCGUGGGCUGGGACCGAGAUGUUUCAGGGGUGGGGUUCAUUUAUUUAUUAUUUUAUUGUAUGGAGGUUAGUUACGAUAUAGAAGUACGUAGAUAUACGUAUAAGCUAUAUUAUUGAAUGAUGAAUCAAAAAUAAAAGAAGAAACAUUUAUUA